CGUAUUUCUAAUGAGUUCAUGGUCAUUCGCUAAGAAGUUUCAAGGAAUCAGUCGAAGGAUUUCUCGAUCCAAUCGGAAUAGGGCCAUAUUUCCUUAUGGUAUUUCUUCGGCAAUUCAUCCUUCAACCGACCUAUCAGACUCACGAUGAUUACUUCGCCACAUGUUCGGCACUGCAGGUCGCGUCGCCCUGGUCUCUUGUAAAGAAGGCCGAUUCCUGUUCAUCACUGGCAGGCUCGCACUUGGUGGGGAUUUCGAGGCUCAGUUGUUCGAUUCGAAUUCCGGUAGGCUUCGCCGUCUGGGGUACCCCUGAUGACUUAUCGCCCGCAUUGGACUGUGCCAGACGGAUGGUGCAUUUAGAGGUGGUAUUAUGCAUAGCACCGUGGCUUUUACCUUAUGACAAUGACGCGGCGAUUCACUUCAAGAUGACUGAAGUAUUAUCCCGUCAACAUUAGCCCGAGUGAUUCAGAUGACAGCCGGUCUAAUUCAAGGCCGGCUCAUUCUAUAGAGACUGAUAUAUAUACUUGCUGCCGAAGAUAGGUAUCGUAUCUAGACGUUACACUUGUUUACUCGUCUCACUGCAAGCUACUAGACAAUUUCGUCCGAAAAUAGUUGAAAAUGAAGUCUGUGUAUCUUCCCAUCGUCGUAGCCUUCGGCUCGUCGACAGUCUAUUCGGCACCUUCAAGUACUGCCGCAUGGGUAGCUCCUGGUCCCAACGAUGUUCGCGCACCAUGCCCUAUGCUGAACACCUUAGCUAAUCAUGGUUUCUUGCCACAUGAUGGCAAGGGAAUCACGGUCAACAAGACAAUAUCUGCUCUUGGAACCGCCCUGAACAUAGACCAGCCACUGUCUGAGGAGCUUUUCAACUUCGCGUUGACGACUAACCCAACACCUAAUUCAACGUAUUUCGACUUGGAUCAUCUUAGUCGCCACAACAUUUUAGAACACGAUGGUAGCUUGAGCCGUCAAGACUCUUAUUUUGGACCUGCCGAUGUCUUUAAUGAGGCCGUCUUUAACCAAACAAAGUCGUACUGGACCGGGGACACGAUUACCAUACAAAUGGCAGCCAAUGCUCGUGUGGCUCGUCUUAUGACUUCUAACCUUACGAAUCCUGAAUAUUCGUUAUCCGACCUGGGCUCCGCUUUCAGCAUUGGCGAAACGGCUGCUUACAUCGGUAUACUCGGAGAUAAGAAGUCUGGCACAGUUCCUAAGAGCUGGGUAGAAUAUCUUUUCGUAAACGAGCGCUUGCCUUAUGAUCUAGGAUUUGCGAAGCCUAAGGAAACUUUUGUAGCAGACGACCUUAGCGAUAUGAUGGUCGAGAUCGUCGACGCCCAACAUUUCCCUCAAUCGCCCGGCAAAGUCAGCAAGCGUUCAGCUGCCCGCUGUCCUUUCCAUUAAGCACUUGCUAGUGGCUAUUGAAGUCGGUGACUUGUAUAACUAUAGUCGUAUAUGUUGGACAUAAUCGAGGUUCGAGGGGCACGCACAUAUUCUUCAAUUCAAACGCUUCUCAGCCAAAAUUCAUAUGGAAAUUUAGACUAGUCCAUAUCGGAGAAACAUUAAUAGAC